AUGCAAGCAAAUGGCUUCGACUGUUCUGGAAAGGGCGUAUUAACUCCUAAAUAUUACUACGACAUUAAAAUGGAGAACUGCAUCGCCAAGUAUGUAGGACAGUGUGAUUACGAAUUUAAUACAUUUUCCAACCUUAAGGAAUGUUAUGAAGCUUGUAGAGAUUCAACACGGAAAGAAAUCAAAGGAAACAUUACUGCAAAAAUAUUUUGUAGACUUCAACCAGACUUCGGCCGAUGCAAUAGUUAUCAUCCAAUGUGGUACUUCGAUUUAACAUCCCGGACCUGCCGAGGCUUUUCCUAUAGCGGCUGCGGCGGAAAUAUGAACAGAUUUACCAGCCAACAAGACUGUGUGACGUCAUGUGGUUCUUAUGUUACCUUCUAA